AAAGAAUAAAAUAAAAUAAAAUACAAAUAUUCUCUGAGAGCCUCAAGUUUCAUCUUGCGGCUUAGAUUCAAAAUCAUCAGCAAUUUGAGAGAGAUUCGUCUUCUCAAAUAUCUGAAACUCUUCUUCACUAUAUAAACAGAGAGAAAAUUCAUUAUCUCGGGAGAAAAAUCGGAUGGACGCAGCUUCAAGUUUUCUUUGCAGAAGCAUUAGGAUUCCGUCGACGGCGUUCACGUUCACUAGACCGCCGGCGAAUUACGUUUGUGUGUUCUCCGUCAAGAGAGAUUCCGACGGUGGCGGCGGCGUUCGUGGGAAGGUUUUUUGCAGCGGCAUUAAUGGCGCUUCAAGUGCUACGAAGAAGAAGCCACGAAGGAAAAGUAAUGUUUCCGAUAAAAUUAGGUCUAGGAAAAUCGAGAAGAGGAACGAUAGUGAAUCUGUGAGUGUUAGUAGUGAAACCUUUGUCGAUGAGAAACCGGAGGAGAGUAAGAAGAACGAUAAGGAACUGAGUCUUGGUGCUUUGAAUCAAAACGGAGAUCCAUUAGGGAGGAGAGAUCUAGGGAGGAACGUAGUGAAGUGGAUUAGCCAAGCAAUGAAAGCGAUGGCUUCCGAUUUCGCCACGGCGGAGGUUCAGGGCGAGUUCUCGGAGCUGAGGCAAAACGCUGGUUCCGGUUUGACGUUUGUGAUUCAGGCUCAGCCGUAUCUCAACGCUAUUCCCAUGCCGCUAGGGCUUGAAGUCAUUUGUUUGAAGGCUUGCACACAUUAUCCCACCUUGUUCGAUCAUUUCCAGAGAGAGCUGCGUGAUGUUCUUCAAGACCUUGAGCGCAAGAACGUAAUCGAGAAUUGGAAGGAGACCCAGUCUUGGAAGCUGCUCAAGGAGAUCGCAAAUUCAGCUCAGCAUCGGGAGGUUGCUCGCAAAGCUAAUCAACCAAAGCCUGUUCAAGGAGUUUUUGGGAUGGACUCGGAGAAGGUGAAGGCCAUACAGGCAAGGAUUGAUGAGUUCACCAGCCGUAUGUCGCAAUUACUUCAGGUGGAACGAGAUACAGAACUGGAAGUUACGCAGGAAGAACUAGAUGUUAUCCCUACUCCAGAUGAGAGCUCUGCCUCAAAACCGAUCGAGUUCUUGGUUAGGCACGGUGAAGCUCCACAGGAGCUUUGUGACACAAUUUGCAAUUUGUAUGCAGUUAGUACCUCCACAGGACUUGGAGGUAUGCACUUGGUGUUGUUUAAAGUUGGAGACAACCACCGUCUUCCUCCUACUACACUUUCCCCUGGUGACAUGGUUUGCAUACGGAUUUGUGACAGUAGGGGAGCUGGAGCAACUUCAUGUACGCAGGGGUUUGUUCACAACCUCGGAGAUGAUGGGUGCAGCAUUGGUGUGGCUCUAGAGUCUCGUCAUGGAGACCCUACUUUCUCCAAGCUCUUUGGAAAGAGUGUGAGAAUUGAUCGUAUUCAUGGGUUGGCCGAUGCUCUUACUUACGAGCGUAACUGCGAAGCCCUAAUGCUUCUGCAGAAGAAUGGUCUGCAGAAGAAAAAUCCAUCAAUUGCUGUAGUGGCGACGUUAUUUGGGGAUGGGGAAGAUAUCACAUGGCUGGAGCAGAAUGAUUAUGUAGACUGGUGUGAAGCGGAGUUGAGUGACGAGCCAGUGGAAAAGUUAUAUGAUGAUUCUCAAAGGAGAGCCAUAGCUUUGGGGGUAAACAAGAAAAGACCAGUUAUGAUAGUUCAAGGACCUCCUGGCACGGGAAAGACUGGAAUGCUUAAGGAGGUUAUUACCCUCGCUGUUCAACAGGGAGAAAGAGUACUUGUUACAGCACCUACUAAUGCAGCUGUUGACAAUAUGGUCGAGAAGCUCUCACAUCUUGGACUAAACAUUGUCCGAGUAGGAAACCCUGCAAGAAUAUCAUCCGCUGUUGCUUCAAAGUCUCUGGGGGAGAUCGUGAACUCUAAGCUUGCAAGCUUUCGAGCAGAACUGGAGAGGAAGAAGUCAGAUUUAAGAAAAGAUCUUCGGUAUUGCCUGAAGGAUGAUUCUCUUGCAGCUGGCAUUCGUCAGCUCUUGAAACAGCUCGGAAAGACGAUGAAGAAGAAGGAAAAAGAAACUGUUAAGGAAGUACUAUCGAGUGCAGAGGUUGUUUUUGCAACUAAUAUUGGAGCAGCUGAUCCUUUGAUUAGGAGGCUAGAAACAUUCGAUUUGGUUGUUAUAGAUGAAGCUGGUCAGUCUAUCGAGCCUUCCUGCUGGAUCCCAAUAUUGCGAGGCAAACGUUGUAUUCUUGCCGGUGAUCCAUGCCAAUUAGCACCGGUUAUUCUAUCACGUAAAGCUUUAGAAAGUGGGCUUGGUGUAUCCUUACUGGAACGAGCUGCGUCUUUGCAUGAUGGAGUUCUUGCUACAAAGCUAACAACUCAGUAUCGUAUGAAUGAUGUAAUCGCUGGCUGGGCAUCAAAGGAGAUGUAUGGUGGAUGGUUGAAAUCUGCUCCGAGUGUUGCCUCUCAUCUGCUUAUCGAUUCUCCAUUCGUGAAGCCAACUUGGAUAACGCAAUGCCCACUGCUUCUCCUUGACACAAGAAUGCCAUAUGGGAGUUUAUCAGUGGGCUGCGAGGAGCGUCUAGAUCCAGCUGGUACAGGCUCAUUAUACAAUGAAGGAGAAGCAGAUAUUGUGGUUAAUCACGUCAUUUCUCUUAUAUAUGCAGGUGUGAGUCCAAUGGCUAUUGCCGUUCAAUCCCCAUAUGUUGCUCAGGUGCAACUUCUCAGAGAGAGGCUGGAUGAUUUUCCAGUGGCUGAUGGAGUUGAGGUCGCAACCAUUGAUAGUUUUCAAGGCCGUGAGGCCGAUGCAGUGAUCAUCUCAAUGGUACGGUCAAAUAACCUAGGUGCAGUGGGAUUCCUAGGGGAUAGCAGAAGGAUGAACGUAGCCAUAACAAGAGCCCGGAAACACGUGGCAGUUGUAUGCGAUAGCUCAACAAUCUGCCACAACACGUUCCUUGCGAGACUGUUGCGUCACAUACGCCAUUUCGGGAGAGUAAAGCAUGCUGAUCCAGGUAGCUUGGGAGGAGGGUCAGGACUAGGCUUGGACCCAAUGUUGCCUUACCUUGGCUAAUAAAACCUCCAAAACACCGAAGUAAGUACUACAAAACAAAAAGAAAAGAAAAAAAACAGAAUCUUCUUCUUAUUCUCUCUCUCUCUCUCUCCCCUUCUCUCACUGUGUCUCUCUUUGGGUGUAAAAUGUUUCCAUGGCGAGUUGUUUCGUUGUACAGGAAAGAUUUGUUUCAAUUGUUACCACAGAAAGUAGUGUCUGUAUAUGAAUGAUACAGAAUUCAUGUAAAUUUUAUACAAUUGGUUUCUGCGGUUGAAUGUCCCAAGACGAAAGUCUUUAACUCUA